GUGCAGGUAACUUUGAAAAAAAAGAAAGAAAAAAAAAGCUUGUUAUGGUGUAAGCGUGAAAGAAACCCGGAUUUUUCCCACCCUCUUUUACCAGUUAGACCAGUAACUCUGGAAAGAGUACCGCACGAGUACUGGAACAGUUUUUACCCUUGUGGUCCCUGAUGGCUUCGCACAGUGAUACUCUGGUGGUGUUCUUUGGGGCAACAGCUGGUGCAAAUGGGGGUAAACUGGGUUCGGAUGAAAGGGAAAUAAUUCUCUUGGUGUGGCAAAUUGUGGACCUACAUGAGAAAAAGGUGGGUAAGCUGCAGCGGCGCUUUGUAAAGCCCGACACGUUGGAGUUGACGGAACAAUGCAAGGAGGAGACGGGGAUAACUUUGGAGGAGCUGUGCAAAGCCGAGCCUUUGGACAGGACUCUGCAGCAGUUCCAACAAUAUGUCUCCAGCGAGCUCAAAGCCCUAGGCAGGAGCUCAUACACGCUCUGUGUCACUGGGCCCCUGAUCAUCAGGCAAGCCCUGCACCCUGAAUCCUCCAAGAAGAACCUGGCCUUGCCAGACUGUUUCUACUCCUUUGUGGACCUGAGGAGCGAGUUCAACAAAUGCUGCCCCAACGCCGGCCCAGUGAAGGACCUGACACUGGACUCCAUGCUGCAGUAUAUGGGCAGCCCCUCCCUGGCAGAACAGACGGUCGGGGUUUGUGAAGUGAAGAAAAUGGUGGUCAUCAUCCUACACCUUCUGUCUGACCCCUACAAUUGCAAAUUCACCAGCUUCCUAAUGGUCAAUUACAAGUUUGAAUCUGGAGCAUGCAGUAAGACGGAAGCGGUGGACAACGAGACAGUGAUCAGGGCCCGGGGUCUUCCAUGGCAAUCUUCUGACCAGGAUAUAGCACGCUUCUUCAAAGGCCUCAACAUCGCCAAGGGUGGCGUGGCCCUGUGCCUGAAUGCUCAGGGUCGGAGGAACGGGGAAGCACUGGUGCGUUUUGUUAGCCCCGAGCACAGAGAUUUAGCGCUGGAGCGCCACAAACACCACAUGGGCAGCCGCUAUAUCGAGGUAUACAAGGCGACUGGAGAGGAAUUCUUGAAGAUUGCUGGAGGGACUUCCAAUGAGGUGGCCCAGUUCCUGUCCAAAGAGAACCAGGUGAUAAUCCGCAUGCGGGGGCUCCCCUUCACGGCCACGCCCGAGGAUGUGUUGGGUUUCCUGGGGCCAGACAGCCCCGUGACGGACGGCGACGAGGGGCUGCUGUUCGUCCGGUACCCCGACGGCCGGCCCACGGGGGACGCUUUCGUGCUUUUCGCCUGUGAGGAGUACGCCCAGAAUGCCCUGAAGAAGCACAAGCACAUCUUGGGCAAGAGGUACAUCGAGCUGUUCAGAAGCACGGCAGCCGAAGUGCAGCAGGUCCUGAACCGCUACGUUUCUGCACCGCUGAUAUCCACGCUGCCGCCGCCCAUGGUGCCGGUGCCGGUGCUGGCCACGCCCCCCUUCCUGCCCGCGAGCAGCACGCGGGACUGUGUGCGGCUCAGGGGUCUGCCGUAUUCCGCCACCAUCGAGGACAUCCUGGAGUUCAUGGCUGAACACACUGUGGAUAUCAAGCCACACGGGGUGCAUAUGGUGCUCAACCAGCAGGGGCGCCCCUCUGGAGACGCCUUCAUCCAGAUGAAGGCAGCAGACCGAGCCUUCAUGGUAGCACAGAAGUGCCACAAGAAGAUGAUGAAGGACCGCUAUGUGGAGGUGUUCCAGUGCUCCGCCGAGGAGAUGAGCUUCGUGCUGAUGGGGGGAACCCUGAACCGCAGUGGCCUGUCACCGCCCCCCUGCAAACUACCCUGCCUGUCCCCUCCCACCUAUGCCGCGUUCCCUGCCACUGCUGCCGCCUUGCUGCCCGCUACAGAGGCGGCUCUGUACCAGCCUCCGCUGCUGGCCGCGCCGCGAGCCGCGCCGCCCCCGACACCUGCCAGCACCCCGGCUUUGGCCUAUUACUCCCCACAGCACCAUGCCCAGCUUUAUAUGAACAUGAACAUGAACUACACAGCCUACUACCCCAGCCCCCCAGUCUCACCCUCCACAGUUGGUUAUUUUGCGGCCCCCCCGGGGGCCCUGGCAGCAGCUGUGGCAACCCAGGCCCCGGCUCCCGUCCUGUCCCAGCCGGGCGGGGCACUGGUCAGGAUGCAGGGUCUGCCCUACAACACAGGAGUCAAGGAAAUCCUUAGCUUCUUCCAAGGCUACCAGCUGCAGCCAGACGCUGUCCUGGUGCUGUACGGCCUGAGCGGGCAGCGCAGCGGUGAGGCGCUCGUGACCUUCCCCAGCGCGGAGGCGGCAAGGCGGGCCGUGGCUGAGCGUGCCAACCAGUCCCUCUCCGGCCACCCCAUACGCCUGGCAUGUUGUGACUGACUGUACCUGCCAAAGGACCCCGCCUGUCAUCUCUCUCACCUGCCCCCAGAGGAGACGGAGAUGAAUCAGUAUACACUCACCCCUUACUGCCCCCCCCCCACCCCCCACCCCACUUUGUAUUUGUGUGUGACACACUCUGCCCAAAACUGCCACCUUCAUCAGCCAAAAGAAUUGUGCUCCACAAGUCAUGCCACUGAAUUUAAAUCCCAUAGUGCCUUUGGUUACUUGUUUAAAAAAAUUGUUAGGUGAGGGCAUGUCCUCUACCACAAGGGCUCUGGGGAAAAUGUAGCUACUUGGCACUGCAGCUUCCAACCAUAGGAGACUGACAACUGAUCAGACACAGCAAAUAAGUAGUUUUACUUUAGGUCAUUUAUGUAAGGAAGAAAAUGUCUUGGGCUGUUUUUGCAUGUGAAGUGCUCAGUUUUGUCAUGGUUUUUGUUUUUAUUUGAGGGUGGGGGGGGGGCAACAAUGGUUGAAUUGUAUGAGAUGUACAGUAUGAUGAACUUUAUUUCUCCUUGUAGCCAUUAUGGAAAGGGUGAUCUAAGGUCUCCAUAGACCAGGUUCUCGUAUAGGUUAAAGUGAACUUCUCCUUUGUAUGAUUUAGACUGUUUUAAUGUUUACUUCAUCUGCAGACAGUGUUUACACUGAUUUAUUUGAAGCUUCCCUGUUGAACUUCUGUACUCUUGCAUGCUGUACAUUUUCUCCUAUGUGUAUGUUGAUAUAAGCUACAUGUUUUUCUUUUAAUGACUAGUCUUUUGCUGAAAGUCUCUUUGCCUUGAUGAGUGCAAUACCAGAAGAACAAAGUGUGAGAAGUUUUCUUUUUAAGAAAGUUCAAAACUUGUAUGAAUUUAGAAAUUCUGUAUAUGUCUGUCUGUGAACAAUAAACUUAUGAUGCCAAAAAUCUUG